UAUUUUCUGUCAUAGAUACCUAUGAUUAUGUCAUUUCGUUGGUGUUUUAGUAUAGUAUAUUUUUAUAAUUAUUAUAUAUUUUAUAUGUUUUGAUAAAAUGCAAAAUCUGAGGACAUGAGAGAACCCAUACAAGUACUUAGUACUACUAAUUUCUUGUUUUACUGUAAAUGAAGGUCCUGGCCCUUCUGUUUUUGACCCUGAUCCCGUGGCCGGGGCCGUCAGUCUUCAAAAUUACCUGUUCACGUGACAACUCCAAAAUCGUAAGGAAGGUCAUACAAAGCAAAUGGUUACCGGUGCUAGAAAGAUUUCAGGUAAAACUCCCGCUCGAGUGUCCGUUCCACCCGGCGCGAGACAUCUUCGCGCCGCAGCAUGCCGCCAAGUUGCAGCACCGCUCGUCUCAGUGGACGUGCGCCUUUUGCGGCAAGUCUUUCUACGAGGAACGCCACCUCGACUCGCAUUUCGACCAGCGACACAAGAACCAGAUUAACAAGGCUGAAGACGCAGUUUGUCUGGCGGACUACUGCGACAUCAUGCGCUGCCAGGUGCUGGUGGCGCACGGGCUGCUCAGCGGCGGCGGGGGCCCCAGCACCGACAUUGAGGUGUGGCAGAACGUGGAAGCGGCGCGUAAGGCGUUGGCGCCUGCUGCGCCGCGUAGCGUCGCGCGGGUCUCCACAAGACGACGUCGCGCCACUAGGUCACCACCGGCACCUGCGCCCGACUGUCCCACUACGGAACCUCCUGAUACUGAGGACCCUGAAGCCGCAGAAAAGCGUACAGAAGACAGCGAAGGCGACGCGAACCACACAGCCGAGCUAUGCGAUGCGGACACGGUCGAGUCAGCGCUGCCGGACGACAGCCGCCGGCGACGGCUCGAGAACCUGCAGGCCGAGCGCCUGGCUUGCGACCCCACCAAGCUACAGGGGCUCAAGUUGAGAUGCGAAAGGAUCGUCCGGGAAUGCAUCGCCACAUUGCUCCUUCAGCUUACCAUGCACCAGUUCACGGAGCUUGAAGAGGAGAUGCAGCGCGCGGUGUGUUGGUACCUGAGCUGCGACCGCUACUGGGAGGACACGGCACCGAGCGCGCGCGUGUUCCCGUGGCCGCUGCUGCUCGCGCUCGCCACCGGGCUCGCGCUCGCGCUCUGCAUGUGCUACUACAUCAUCUGGAUCGUGUUCGAUUCAGAGGAGGGCAGUGUAGCCGGCAGCGCCUCAGUAUCAAUGACGACGCAUUCGUCGCCGACGCGUGGCGAGCGGCUCGCGAACGACGAAGCUCUGCUCGACGACGGCGACCACGACGACCACUACAUCUACGUCACAUACCCACCUGAACUAAAGCGGCGACUACUCGAGAGCUGCUACAAUAGAACGACUCGACUAUGAGAUCUACAUCUGUAUCGAUUCGUCGCGCAUGCUUUUGUACCAGAGGGCGAGGUGCGGGUCGCAUUUCACCUCUCACUAUAGAGUCAAUUCGAAUCACAAUGCGGUGUGAUUGUCGUUGCGGCACUGUGAUUGUUUAGCUAUGUGUCACUGCGAAUCGACUCGAUAGUGAGAUGUAAAUAGCAAAGUCGCAUUACGCUCUCAGUUCCCUAGAAUACUGUAGUUUAGUGAAAACUGUCUGAUGUAGUAGCCAAACCCACUGUCCAACCGUACCUUAUACCGAAAAAGUCUGAAUGAAAAUUGUAAGAAAUUAUUUUGGUAUAAGAUGUGGUAAAAAAGCCGAUAUCAUUUUCAUUGAACUUUUACAAGUAUUGAUUGGAAUAUCGGCUCUUGUACUGAGUUAUUGUUAAGUACACACACUACUUCUCUAGUCAAUGUUUUUUUAUAGCGUUUAUUCAGUUUUAUUGUGAAGUAGGUAUUUGUAAGUGUAGUUUGCUUUUAAACAAUUGGUGCCUAAUUUCCCCUAGUUGUACAAAAUUUUCGUUAAUAGGUAAGAAAUCCCUAAACUAAAUCUUUGUAAAUAGCCUCUUCGUGGUCUGUUUAGUAAUAAGUAUCACUUGUGAAGAAAACCAAAGGGGCGAAUUCAAGGGUUAAGCCCAUUUAAAUGGGCUCAAUGCAUGAAGUAAUCCACUAGGUCUAGCUCAUUUAUAGACAAAGAAAACUAUAAGAUAUAUAAGAUACGACUACGGCUUCGUCGUAUCUUCCAUUUCGCUCAUACAAGAAAGUGAAACCCAUAUUAUAAAUACGCGAGAAGAAACAGGACAGAGCGCUAAUUUCUUUAUUGCCUCAUCGUGUGUUCGCCUACCAUACUCAUACGAGUAUAUAUGAAGUAGGCGUCAAGUUGUAUGGAAAUCUUCUAUCUCAUUUGGUUAUGUUAGCUCGUUGUCGACAGUUUUCUUUGUCUAUGAGCUCAUCACUGUCUCAUGGCUUACGCAAACUACUGAAUCCUUAACUACAGUGACUGAGUCGAAGAUAUUAUGAAAUGCUACUCCUCUACCUGCCUGUCCUCAUAUAUAGGUACUAGCGAUAUUUUUGAUACAAUAGGUUCAAAGACUUUAUCCGGAUAUAUUCUUUAGUACGAUACGCUUGUAACCAUUUGAUAUUUUCCUGAUUGCACGUGAACAUUAAUGUUUUUCAUUGUAAUAACUUAAUAUUGAAAUAAUUCACAAUUAGAAAGUAUUUGAAUAUUAAUUAUGGACCAAAUGCUUAUGUUUUAUUUUAAUUAAAAUGAUAUUAAACCAGAUAUUGUCAUCCGCGGUCAUAGACUCAGAAAGUACGCGGAGCAGGCGACGACAUACCUUCAUCUAUGUUUAUGGUAUUUAUGAAAAUCGACCUCAUUUUUUAUUAAAAAUAACAAUACAAUGUAUCAUAAAUCAGCUUCGACGAGACUGAAUGUAAAAGCAUUAUUCUAACCUAUCUAGCGAUACUUUUUUAAAUUGUAAAUCUCACGAAGUCUAUACGAUACUCACCGGCACGUUUCAUUUUGUUUGUUAAUUUGUACGUAAUUUAAGAAGUUUGUUAAAUAAAUUUUAAGUAUUUGAAAA